GCCUACUUGUCCUCUUGGCUUGUUUUUCCUCCGCCACUAGCUGUGACGCAUCCACCCUCCCCCUUCUAACCUCCGGGCUGCUUGAAAGCUCCCCCUUCCUCCUUCUCUUUUUCACCUUCCCUCCUCCCUCUUCCUCUCCGCCUGCAGCUGAAUUAGUUCCCCCUCCUCUCCGUGCGGCUGCUGCUUGCUUCUGGGGGCGGGCGAGCAUUUUUUUUUUUUUUUUUGGUUUUUGUUUCCUUUGCGCGCCCCCCCCCCCCUUUCGCAUUUGUGGACUGCUGGUGUCUGGAGGAAUUUCUGUUGCUGUUCUUUUCCUUCCUGCCCCGGAGCGUGGAAAGGGGGAGAACUUGCUGAGGGGAGGGGGGGAAGGGAAAGGAGAGGAGGUGAAGGCCACUGUGAGCUGUUGCUGCUGCAGCGAGAGAUGUGGGGCUCUUGGUGCAGCUGCAGCACAAGGACACUACCGCGGAGCUGGGCUGCAGCUGAAAGGCUCUCCUAAUCGCCAGCAGCCAAAGAGAAGACCGGGGGUGCUGCUGCGAUUAUUGCCGGCGCCACCAAGAAAGAAUCAGUUUAACUCUUGGAUCAACAAGAUCUCUUCGUGCCGGGGGAGGGGGGAGAGGAAAACUGCUUCUUUUGGGGCACCCCGAGGAUCAAGGCCGUUCUGGCGGAAGGGUGUGGAGUGGGGGCAGAUCUGGGGUUUAACAAUGGUGAGGUUUCUGGUGAGCUCCUGCUGCGCCCUGGCUGCGUCGGUGCUACUCCAUCUCCAUCUCGGAUCACGGUGAGGAAAAAAUGAGCGAAGAGACGGCGAAUUCUAACAACGAUAAUAGUUAUGCCCGUGUGCGAGCCGUGGUGAUGACCCGUGAUGAUUCAAGUGGUGGAUGGUUACCACUUGGAGGGGGUGGACUAAGCUGUGUCACCGUUUUCAAAGUCACCCACCAGGAAGAAAAUGGCUGUACUGAUUUUCUUGUACACGGGGAGCGCCUCAGGGAUAAAACGGUGGUUUUGGAAUGUACGCUGAAGAAGGACCUUAUUUACAAUAAGGUUACACCAACUUUUCACCACUGGAAGAUUGAUGACAAAAAAUUUGGCCUCACAUUUCAGAGUCCUGCUGAUGCAAGAGCAUUUGAUAGAGGCAUUCGGAGGGCUGUAGAGGAUAUCUCUCAAGGUUGUCUGACAUCACAUGAUGAAAUCGAAGUGCCUGCAGAUGGUUUUCCAGCAAUUCCAGAAAACACAUCUAGUUUGCUGUUGAAAGAUCAUCUUUUUCAGCAUGAACCUGUAGCAAGCAAUGAUCCUUACAAAAGUUCAUGUAUAAGACCCUCAACCUUUGAAGAUUUGAACUCAAGAACAUCCUACUUCCACAGCCAGCAAAACCAGGUGCCCCUGAAGCCAAUCAGGAAUGUCAGUUUUCAAGAUGAAGAGGAAAUUGUUCGAAUAAACCCUCGUGAUAUUUUAAUACGCCGCUAUGCAGACUAUAGGCACCCUGACAUGUGGAAAAAUGAUUUGGACAGGGAGGAUGCAGACUCCUCACUGCAGUGCCCUAAAACAGACCAUAAAAAAUCAGACUAUUUGUACCCAUCUGGGGAUGGGACUAAGUUGAAUUCACUCAAAGACUCUAAGAGUUCUGUGGUACUUAAAACUCAACCUUCUUCUUUCAAAUUAAAAAAAUCAAAAAGGAGGAAAGAGGAUGGUGAGCGUUCCCGCUGCGUAUACUGCCAGGAAAGGUUUAAUCAUGAAGAAAAUGGUCGAGGCAAAUGUCAGGAUGCUCCAGAUCCCAUUAAGAGAUGCAUAUACCAAGUUAGUUGCAUGCUUUGUGCCGAGAGCAUGCUCUAUCACUGCAUGUCAGACUCUGAAGGGGAUUUCUCUGACCCUUGUUCAUGUGACACGAGUGACGACAAGUUCUGCUUACGAUGGCUUGCCCUUGUCGCCUUGUCAUUCAUUGCACCAUGUAUGUGCUGCUAUCUCCCCCUGAGAGCAUGCCACCACUGUGGCGAGGUCUGUGGAUGUUGUGGAGGAAAGCAUAAAGCUGCGGGAUGAACCAGCCUGAAGCCAUAUUGGGCUGACCAGUCUUUAUUUUCAGGAUAUGUCUAACUCAUGGAAGCAUGUGACAAGCAGAAGGGAAAACCUAUCAUGGAUGAGGGGUCUGCUGUGGAAGAAGCAGCAGAACUUGUUGCAACUUAAGAAUGUUGGCCAUGCCUGAUGGUUUGAUUUUAAGUGCAUGGUCCAAGAUGUGAGGGAGUUCUUGCAAAAAGAACACCUUUUUCUUAUGAUUGGUAGCUGAACUAAGUAUGAACUGCAGUCAGUACUAAAGGGAUCAACUUCUGCAAUGUGUACAUUUUGUGGUUUAGAUGAUUGGGGUGGGGCUUUUUGAAAUAAUCUAUUUGACAGAAAGUUCAACUAAACCUGCACUAGUGACAGCUGAUUUAAAACUAAGGAAAGUUAAUAUGGUGACUGCAAGAAACUAAAAAUUGAUUUUAAGUGCAACUAAAUUGCUUAUAAAUAGUUUUUGAAGCAACUUUAUGUACAAAUAACAAAUGUUUAUAUUUAACUAAAUAUAUGGUACGAAUUAUUAAAUCCUUUUUUCCCCUUUCCAAUUGCAAAGCAGUUAUGGGCUGUAUUUCUAGUCACAUUCCAUUAUAGUAUUCCUCAAUAUUUUAACUACUUAAGUUAGAAACAUUUCUAUUCAAGAUAGACAAAUCAGUUUUUUCAGUCUUGUUUCCCCUUCAACUACAUCCUUGUAUUGAGUUUUCUCUAUACAUUCUGGUAUUCAGAAAGCCUUGAAAAAUUAAUUAAUAUAGUCUUGAGUGACCAACGUUUUGUUAAGCACAGGUAUAAUUGUCUAAUGCUGUUAUGAGAACAUAACAUUUUAUUUUUAUAUAUAUGAAUGCUUCUGUGUAAUGGCAAAAGGAUUCUUCCCCUUUUAAACCAGCAAAUUUUCUUCUACGGCUGGUGACAAAUAUUUUGGGAAGGAAAAAAAAAUCACAUGGUAAUUAUAGAGAUCAUAUUUGAUAUUCUGAUAAACGUGCUGCCAUUUUUUUCAUCCAACUAUAAUGGCAGCAAAAGUAUUUUCAUUAAUCUUAGUCUCAUUAGGUUUUGCCUAGCAAAAAAUAUUCUGCAGGACAUACUGAAGGGAAAACUGAGUGCAUAUCUUGUGAAUGAAAGGGGUUUUACGUUGUGGCUAAAUUGUUAUAGCAUAUCAAUAUUGUAUGUUUAACUUUUUAACUUAACUGUUGGCUAUGUUUUGCCAUCUUGGGGAAUUCUUAAAUGUCAUCUGUCAAAUGGUAUAGCAGCAUAGUUGAACAUAAAGUUUUUAAUUAAUAAAACUCUAAAGCAGUGAAGCAGUCAUUCAUUCUAGAAGGUAAUGGGGGGGGGGGGAUAAGAAAAUGCCCUUAAUAUGUUCUUGUUAUGAAAACUAUUAUAUAGUUAAUCUCACACUACCUUUUAUUUCUAUGCAUUUUUAGAAAAGUUAUGUGUGUACUGGUUUUUUCCUUCUGAAUAUGUUGGCUCAUAGAAUUUCACCUAUACUUCCUUUUCUCAAGCCCAGAUCAAACACUGAACAGCUGUAUAUAACACUAUCUGUAAAAUACUUUUUUAAAGAAAAGCAUUUAUAUUUAUAUGACAGCUUGAACUGACAAAAUUGUGUACAUAGAUCACCUUGAAGUAUUAUUUCACAUUGAAAAGAAGACAAAUAUAUUGAUAACUAUAGAAGUUAAGAGCUUCUUUCUAGUUUUGUACUUUAAAAAACCUGAAUGGAUUAUAACCUAAAUCAGCAAUUAUGACACUUGUAGCAGCAGUCUUAAGCAGUUUCUUUUUACAUUUUAUAUAUCUGAAAGCUGCUACCCCACUUGAUUUUCAUGCUUCAUAUAUUCAGCUAAACUUGGCUACCUAGACAGACUGUUAACU